CUUCCUACGACCACACAUGAAGCUCCUCUCCUCCUCUCAAAACCAUGAAACAGCCUCUGUGAACUAAAGACUUCGAAUUUGCACUUCCUAUUUCCCUCAAACUCAGCAAUUCCUUCAUUAUGUGAACUGGGUAAGGAGGCAAACAGAUCAUCAUCACCACGGAAUAUUUCGAACUUUGCUUUGUGUAGUUAUCUCUUCCGUUAUUUCAGAGCUGAAAUCAUAGCUGGGUACCUCUUGAUUUUGAGCAAAUCCAAUUCUAUCAGGGCUAAAUAGUGACUGGGUAAUCUUGAAUUGCAGGACUUGGUUGUCCAAGCAAUGGCUUCGAAAGGGACCGGAGAAGACAAUUAUGAAGGCAAGCAAAAAAGUAUCACCAAACGCUCAUUUGCAUUGGCGGAAGCACUAAGUCAAGCCACUGAAAAGAAUGCCUCGGCCUUCAUGAAUAGAAUAACACAACGAGUCCAGAAUGAAGGUGGGGUACGUCAACUUGGCCCAAGUUUCCAGAGUGAUAUACCGGCUGAUGUGGAAAAAAUUUUGAGCCAGCAUGAAGUGGAUGAUUCUAGCUAUUUCAGUGAAGGAAAAGCAUGGGGAGCAUGGGGAACAAAACCAGGAAAAUGGCCUGGUGAAACGGCCAACUGGAUUCCAUGGGUAGAACGAGUCGAGAAGCGAUUUGGGGAAAUAUGGAAACGGCUUGGGAUCUAUGACGCCAUCAAGCUGUCCACCAUUACUAUUCCUUGUGACCGCUCCUUGCUGGCUGCCGCUAUGUGUUUUUGGAGUUCACAAACAAACUCUCUGGAGCUUCAGUUUGGUGCACUUAGUCCGACCUUGAUUGAUAUAGCGGCCAUUAUAGGCCUGCCGCCACAUGGGCAAGUGGUGGACAUUGUAUUUGCAGAAGGAAAGUUUGACAUUGAUCUUGGUGGUGAGCUAAGAGAUCGAAGUAAGGGCAGACCAGCCGUUGCCAAUUAUAAUACAUGGAUUGAGGUGUUUAACAGCGGCUUGGGAAAUAAAUCACUUGAUAGUAUUGGCAGUCCAGAAGAGAAAGAGGAAAACCAGCAGGAGACAAUGGAAGUAACUCAUGUAGAGCAUGCUGCGUUUCUUGCCUUUUGGAUAUGUAAGUACUUAGUGUGCACAACUUCUAAAAAAGUGAAUGUGGAGUACUACAAGUUGGCUGAAGCAUUAGCAAGUAAAGAAGUACAAGAGAGCGAUCAGCCAUUAGCUCUUGGUCCAUUUGUGCUUGCCCACUUAUACAGAUGUCUUCACCAUUGUGUGACCGAAGGACUGAACCCAAAUUGGUCUGGGCCAUUGUGGAUUUUUCAGUUGUGGCUGCACACUUACUUUCCCACUUUCAGACAGCCGGGUUUAGCAUUGGCCGUAGACACCACUCUUGGACAACAAUUGGCUCCUCUUGAUUUACUUCCUCAUUUGGCAGAAGAGUGUUUUGAGGUGUUGUUCAAGUGUCCAGAGUUUUCUGCAGAACAGUUUGCCGUUUGUUUCAGUAGGAAGUAUCCAUCCUACCUUGCAAUGGAUAUCAGCCAACACGCUUCAGAAAGUGAGACGAGAUGGGAGACUGCGUGUUCAGCUUGGAAGAGUGCAAUAGGUAUGAGGGAUCUCUUCUGGGGUGCCUUGUCUGGUAAAACACUCAAGUGUGGAGUGGAGUUAUAUUCACCAUCUUAUGUCAGUCGUCAGUUGGGAUAUUAUCAAGCUAUACCGGCUCCGGUGCCAGAAUCGUCAAACCGAUAUAGUUCAUCGCGAGCUGUUUUCUCCAAUAAGGACGACAUUGAGCAGAAUAACAAGGCGUUUGUGUACAACAUGAGCUUUCCCAUGAAGACAAGAGUAGCAACUAGCAAGAGUUCCUCCCAAUUCAGAGAGUGGUGGGCGAAACGAGUAGGUAGCCGCUUUAAAGAUGGGUUGGUGUCGGCUAGACAAUCGGCCUUUGCAGGAAAUCCAUGGGCACAAGAGAAGCCGAAAGCUGUAAGGCGUGGUAAAAUAACAAGUAAAGUUGCUAGAGCAAUCCCAACUAUAAAUGAAUCGACCACGAAGAAAGCCGUCAUGUUUGUCUUUUCCCCCACUGUGACAUCGAGGGGGAGGAUACCUCUUGGCCUACUCUUACCUCCAGAGAAGUUGCUCACUGUAAUGUCUGAAGGGAGCAAAUCGGAUUCAGUCCUGCGUAAUUUCUUCAUGACGGCUGUAGUUGAGAGGAAUUCGGCCUCCUCUUGGCUCAGUGACUCUAUCUUGAUUCAGCUUCAAUACUUAUCGUCGGCUGACUUGACGCUGGACUCUAUCCGGAUUGGCUUUGAUGGACGUCAUCAACGGCUGCAAUUAAUCUUGAAGUAGGCUAUCUUGGACUGAACUCUCCUCAUCGGCUGACAUGAACUUCAAGUCGAUUGAAAUACUACUUGAUCAAAUUUCAUCUUUAUCGCUUAUCGGCCUCUCUGACAAUCAGCCAUUAUCUUUCUAAGUUGAGUUCGGAUUGGAAACCAAUUAGAGUAUUGGCCAAUGGGCUUUUAGACAAUAAACCAAUGACUAUGGGCCGGCCGAUAACCAAUGGCCUAGCUUCGUUUGACUCAUCUUGGACCAACUGAAGUGUCCAUUUAUUCACCGGCCACUAUUUUUCUAGCUACCGGCCCAAAUUACUUGUAGAGUGGCUCAUUGUAAUUAUAAAUCACUCAAUAACUAUAUGCACAUUAGCUAUGUCCGAGUGGCCAUGCAAAUAUGGGUACAAACAAAUCCUUGCUCGUUGAAUUUUGAUAUCACUUUCAAAUUGUUGAUAGGAAUGAUUGUAGUAACAUGGUUCACUGUAGUAAUAUGGAUUCAUUUACCAAUAAAUUUAGUUCUGGUUGUCUUUCACUUUCUACUUUCUGGUGCUGAUUUCUAUUUGAAUUUUGUUAAAUUAUUCUGUGCUCGUUAUGCUUAGUUGUCCGUAUGCUUGUAUAUGCAUACCAAAAUGCUCACAUGUACUUAAUAAUAAAAACAGUGGACUUAGCUUUUUUAUUUGUUAUUUUCAAUACAAUCUGUCUCUGGUAUCAUAAGGAUCAAAAUGGCGGAGAAGCAGAUUAUUUGAUGUGACGUUGUUAUGGAGUGGAAACUAUGGUACCCUUGCUUAAAUCUACAAGUACCAAACAUGAAUUGUACUUCGAUUCAUAAUGGUGUUAAUGAAAGAAUAUGUUGUCUCUUAAUUCAUCUGUUGGAUGGAAAUAGAAAACAAUUGUUAAACCCUGGAUGAAGCAGAGGUAUAGGAGCUUAUAGGGAUGAAGAAGAAAUAUAGCAAUUGCUACAUUGAAAGAAAUAUGUAGCAGCUCCUAGGAGUGAAGAAGACUCAUAACAACUUCUACAUACAUGAAAGGAGACGCAAGAAACAAAAGAACUUAUUUGAAAAAGAUAUGAUUGCAUUCUGCUUAUACUUCACUUAGUCUAAACAAAAUGCAACCACAGCCUUACAAGUAAGAGUUAGUUGUUCCAAGUGAUUAUUAGCUAUUCGUAUAUUUCUUUCUGUUAUUGUUAAAGACAUUUUUGUAUGCUCAGACCGAAAAAAAAAAAAGAAGAAGAAGACAUUUUUGCAUGCAGUUUGGUGCUUGACCUUGUGGAGAAGAGCCAUAAAUUUUCUUGAAGAUAUGAUGAAUGCUUAUAUUCAUCAAAAUGUUGAAUUGGAAAGUGGAAAUCAAAUCUUACUCAGAAAAUAAUAGAAGCGACUGUUUCACAUUCUGAAUAGUAUCGAUUAUAAGAGGAAACUGUGCUUGUUUUGCAUGGUAAGACUUUGGGAAUUCUUUAGAUCUGCUGUUUGGUUGAGUGACCAAGUAGCUAGGUACAUUAUAAGAAAUGUGUUUCUUUGUUGCUAGCACGCAGGUCCUUGAAAAAUCCAGAUAAAUUGCAUAAGCAUAUCCUAUUGAUAGUGACCAGUUGAAAAAUCACCAUUCUUGGACGAUUCAUUACUUAUUUUGGACUUGGUCUAUUACUGCAGAAAUGGAACAUAUUAUUCUUUGAUCAAUAUGCUUUGCUUGGAGAAUACCCUUUUCUGUUUAAUCAUGUUAUGGGGUUUAUCUUAGAAGGAAAGUGAUGUUUCAGUCUGUUCAUGAUAUGCUCCUUGCAACUUCUGUAAGUUAAUAAUGGUGAGAAGUGCACAAAGGAUUUUUAGCUUUCUUUCAAUUGUUCUAUGGCUUUUGAUCAUUUUACAGCAUUGUUUUGUUUGUGUCUCCAUUGUGUCAUGUGUAAAGGUUGAAUCCUGUGAAAUUGAUACAAGUAACCGAGUAAGAUGUUUGCUAGCUUCUUUUUUUUUUGUUUCUUCUUUAAACUUAAUCUUAUUUACAUUGUUAUCUUGAUAAGGACAAGUUUAAAUUCUUUCACUUUUCUAUUAUUGCAGGGUUUUAUUGAUUAGGUUGGUGGCAGCGUGGAUGUUAAACACAGCUUUGUUGUCUUGAAUGCUGAAAACAGUAGUGAUUUACGCUUGGAAAUGGAAGUUAAUUUGGUCGAUUUGGUGUAGAUUUAUACAUGUUGGGUUAGACUUUACUUUUGAUGAGAUGUGUAUAAGACUGUUGAUGCAAUGAGUGGAAGAAUCUCUAUAGGUUAUCUACACUACUGUCUACUUGUGCUUAUGGGAAUUGGCCAUCCUUUUUGGGUAUAAUUCCCAGUUAUGAGUCAUUUUGAAAGGAGUUCAUAUUUUCUUGUA